AGGCUUCAGAACAUUCUAGCUACGGGGCAGGAGGAACCCAGACCCAGUCGUCCCAGGAACAUUUCCCUGGACCAGGGCCCAGAGGAGGAGAGGGACCGCUUCCAGGAGGUUUUGGAUGAGAUUGAGGAGAGGAAGGAGUUUCUGGAGGAGAUGACAGCCCUGGGGAAAGGGAAGCAGUAUCGCAACAUCAUCAACACAGAGAUCUCACAGAAAAUCCGCGAGCUGGAGGUGAUUGACAAGGCCCGCAGUGCAGAGCUGAGGACCAUUAUGCCAGAGAAGAAGACUGAGUGACAGAGAGGAAUACUCAUCUACUGACUCUGCUGAAUGGAUCUACUAUACUGCUAAUACUCUCCUACAGAAAAUACACUGCACAGGAAUUCUGAACUCAAACUUGGAUACUAGUCUUCAUUUGUGCAUAAUGCUUGUUCAAAUUAUGGCAUGGUAACAAAUGUUGCUGGGAAGACCCCGAUGCAUCCAUGUCAAACUGUGAAAAAGCAUUGUACUGUACAUUAAAAUAUGACCACACA